UGGCGGCGGCAGCGCGGGCGCGCACGGCGGCGGGGGGCGCGGAGCGGGCCGGGGGAGCGCCCGCCCCACGCGGCUGCCCUCGGCCCCGCAUAGCACCGCCGGCCGCCAAAACCGCCCUGAAAGAGAAGGAGAACUUGUUCGUCCGUCCUCCGCCUGCCUCCCUGCCGCCCGCGCAUCCUCUCCCGCGGCGCAUCCGCCCGCCCUCCGGGUGCUGCUCCCUCCCGGGCUCAGGGCUGAUCCGCUGGCUCCAGCUGGAACGCUUCGUCGCUCGUUUCCCUCUGAGGGUUUUUUUCGGUAGCGGUAUACCGAGGAGAGGCUCCGUCCCUCAGGCACCCUGCCUCACCCUGCGGGGGAAGGGAGCUGGGUGGGGGCAAGCCAGGAAGGGAGGAUCUCAGUGGCUCUCCUAAAAUCUAUCAGCAGGCUGCGAGGAGGGAAGAGUUUGGCACUUCGCAGCCGAGGCUGGGCUUGUUUUCCCUAGCGGUGAUGCCGCUGGACUGAGAGCGGUGCGGCCGUGCAAGUUAGGGGGACGGAGCCCCCCCCUUCCACCGCCCCCCAGACCCGGUCCAGCGCCUUCAGCCCCGGCGGCUCGUCCCUGCCGCCCCACUGCAUGAGCGCUGCUCCGAGGACAGGGCGGUUCGGCGCCUGCUAGGGCUGCUCUCCGCCGCCCCCCAGACUUCCCCACCACCGACGAGGAGCGGAGCGCACCCCGCACCCGGAGAGUUGACUCGGCAGGCUCCGUGCUAUGGCGAGGCUGCGGAGGAGCAAACUAGCUGCUGGAUUUCUAUUACUUUUCCAGUGCCUGAGCGAGCGCUGCCAGCUCUCCGGCGGGGAGACGCCGAGGCAGAGCCGCGGUGCGUUUUAUGAAAUUGUUCAGAGCUUCCCUCGAAUGGAGGAAGAUGUGCGAGUGGAUUCAUAUGUAAGCAGCAACAGGUGGAGAAGGCACUCAGAGUCUCUCAAAUCAAUUGACACCAACAGAGCCAGCAUGGGGCAAGAUUCCUCUGAGCCAGGGGGUUUCACAGACCUGCUGCUUGAAGAAGGCCAUGACAACACCACCCAGAUUGAGGAAGAUACAGAUCAUAAUUAUUAUACUUCAAGGACGUAUGGCCCAUAUGAUUCUACCAGCCGGGAUUUGUGGGUCAAUAUAGACCAGAUGGAGAAGGACAAAGUAAAGAUUCAUGGGAUCCUUUCCAAUACGCAUCGUCAAGCUGCAAGAGUGAAUCUGUCCUUUGAUUUUCCAUUUUAUGGUCAUUUUCUACGUGAAAUUACUGUGGCAACUGGGGGUUUCAUAUAUACUGGAGAAGUUGUACAUCGAAUGCUAACAGCUACCCAAUAUAUUGCACCCUUAAUGGCAAAUUUUGACCCCAGUGUAUCAAGAAAUUCAACAGUCAGAUACUUUGAUAAUGGCACAGCACUAGUUGUCCAGUGGGACCAUGUACAUCUGCAGGAUAAUUACAACCUGGGCAGUUUCACUUUUCAGGCCACCCUUCUCAAUGAUGGGCGUAUCAUUUUCGGCUACAAAGAAAUUCCUGUCGCUGUAACACAGAUAAGUUCAACAAACCACCCAGUGAAAGUGGGACUUUCAGAUGCGUUUGUGGUUGUGCACAGGAUCCAGCAAAUUCCCAAUGUCCGAAGAAGAACAAUUUAUGAAUACCACAGGGUGGAGCUACAGAUGUCAAAGAUUACCAAUCUCUCAGCUGUUGAAAUGAUACCUCUUCCAACUUGUCUCCAGUUUACCAGCUGUGGUCCCUGUGUCACUGCCCAGAUUGGUUUCAACUGCAGCUGGUGCAGUAAACUCCAAAGAUGCUCCAGUGGAUUUGACCGUCACCGGCAAGAUUGGGUAGACAGUGGCUGCCCUGAAGAGGCAAAAGAUAAGAUCUGUGAAAAGAAUAUAGACACAACUGAAACACCUCCAUACUCCACCACCACCCUUCUGCCAACCACCACAAGGUUCAGAGUUUUAACAACCACCAGGGGAUCCACCACUUCCCACCUUCCAACUAGCCUGCCCACAGAAGAUGACACCAAGAUUGCACUGCACCUAAAAGAUAAUGGAGCUUCGACAGAUGACAGUGCGGCAGAGAAGAAAGGUGGAACACUUCAUGCUGGCUUAAUUGUUGGCAUUCUAGUCCUGGUCCUUAUUGUGGCUGCAGCCAUCCUCGUGACGGUCUAUAUGUAUCAUCAUCCGACGUCAGCAGCCAGUCUCUUCUUCAUAGAGCGACGUCCAAGCAGAUGGCCAGCAAUGAAAUUCAGAAGAGGAUCUGGACAUCCUGCCUAUGCUGAAGUGGAACCAGUCGGAGAAAAAGAAGGGUUCAUCGUAUCAGAGCAGUGCUAAAAUUUCUGGGACAGAACACCAGUACUGGCCUACAGGUGUAAGACAUUUACUUUGCCUCUCUUUAAAGAAAAGGAGCCCUAAGCUGCUGUAGCCUGAUAGAAAGAAGAUUUUGGAUAAGCUUUGUCCAAGAAGAAAAACUAUCUAAGAUACCAGAUUACUACUGCACAGUAGUUUUUGUUAGUGGACUGAGACACAAUGGUUCAUGCAGAACACUUGUCAGUGGACACCUACAGUAUCAGAACUAUGGCACAAGUGCCAUAUUAUUGGCUUUAGGUGUGGGGAUGCACAGUAAUCAGAAGUAUAAUAAAGCUUUGGUGCACAAGAGUGUUGCCCUUUGGUUUAAGUGUUCUCUGUUAUCUCAAAGACUGAGGGACAAAUCUGUACUGUUUCAGUGCAAAGGGCACUGAAUAGUGUUCACAGGUGAUUGAGGAUAGUAUCUCAAUGCAGGUAAAGAAGAAAAAAGGAACUUACCAAUAUUUCUAUAAGCAGAUGUGAAAUAUACACACUUUUCAAUUCUAGAUUAACCUACCCACCUAAUUGAGCGAGUCACAAUGUAAAUGCUUUCUCCAGGAGUAGUACGUUUCUUGUACAUUGCUGACAACAGAGAAUUUUCACGGUGGUGAAAUUAUUUCCUGGGAGUUCACAGUGAAGUUGGGCUGAUUUUCAGUUUCAGUGUUCACUAAAAAAUGAAUUAUCAGAUUUGUUUUAAGGGAUAUCUUUCAUUUCUCAGCAGGAGACUGAAGUAAAGGCAACAGAUCCUUUUAGCUGCCAGAGAGCUUAUGGACCAUUUCUUAGGCAAUGUGAUAUGAAAAAAUAAGAUUUAAAAUAAAUGGGUUUCUAUCCUUUGCCAUUUCAUUGUGAGUCAUUACUGAGAAGCACCACAGACUUCAAUGCACCCCUUUCAGAGAUUCAGAUACAAGUGUUAUUGAACCCUGCUGAUUCAUACAGUGGUUUUGUUUAAUGCACAUAGUAGUUGCAUAAAUAUAUAUAUAAAUAUAUUUUUUUUUAUAGCUAACACAAGGCGGGUUCUUGUGACUGUUAAGACUGCAUUUUUGUCAUCCAGACAAAGGAAAUGGAUUGCAUUACUGCAUAUUUCCACUGAGUUGUAAAAUAAUCCUUAAUAUUAGAAUAUUUUUAUGUUGUGUAGGGAAGGUGGUUCAUGUAGUUGCAGUGCCAUAAACUUUCUGCCUAUUGGAACCAUUCUUUCUUUAAUAUCGACCCUUUCCCUCCCUGUAUAGGGAAAGACAAGACUAUAAAUUCACACCAUCAAAACCAGUUACUCCUUUCAUGGAAGGGGUUAAUAUACACCAAGACCCAGAGCUUCCAUGCGGAGUGGCAACCUAAAUACUUUGAUGAUCUGGGCCUGGGCCACUAAACUAUAAAAUUCAGGUAUUGUAUGUAUAUUUCAUGGCAGUGAUUGACUACCAAAUUUUUUACAUACUGUGCAAGGCACUUGAAUGAUUUUAAAGUGAGGUAUGCAACAUUUGUGGGUUUUGUUCUCGAGCAGUUUAAAAAAGUUGUAGUUAUCACCUUAACAGUACAUUAUUUACAUUUCUUGUUGAUGCUUGUAUGGCCUAAAUUUGAUUACUUAAUGAUGUUUAAAAACAAACAAAAAAAAAGAGUCACAAUUUUUACUUGUUUUUUUGUUUAGUAAAUACUACAAUACUAUAUUUUCUGUAUUCUUUUAUUUUGGGUAACACACUUCUAUUUUCAUCUGGUUUAAAUCAUCUAGCAUGAGAUUGAAACUGUUCAAAACCUAACUGGUAUUAAUCUGAAGGUACUAACAAACACAUUGUCUUGAAGCCUGGUGUAAAGCCAGUGGCAAGUAUUCAUUUCAAUUUGUGUGGGUCUGCUGAGCCCUGUUUCUAAUAAGAUGGGGUUAAAUUGCAAGCUGUUAAUUCUGAUAGCAAUAACCAAAUGUAUGCACAUAUAUAUGGUGACACAUUUUUUAUUAAAUAAAAAGGUAUCAGUGCACAUCAUUUAGGUACGUAUUUGGUGUGCAAUAAUUAUCAUUAGUUUUUUUAGGAAUGUUGGAGGUCAUCAGCUAGGGUUCAUUGGUCAAAUGAAGCAACUGUAAAGCUUCUGGAAUCCUAUUUGGAAAAAAAUUUAUUUCAGAGCACAUCUUGGCAAAAUAUACUAAGAAAUUUACAAAAAUCUACAUAGAAUUGCAAUAUAUUCAAGGGACUUUUCAUAUAAGUAAGGAAGAUUUAUAUUAUUAUGUGUUUACAGAUCUGCAGUUCAUCUGAUUCACUCAUAUUUUUACCCAUGUAUGUAAUACAUGUCAUGCAAUAGAACUGGCAGAAUAUUUGUAACAUGAUUCGACAAAUGCAACAACACUUUUAAAAUCUGGUAUUUUUAUUAAUUUUGUUUUAAGGCGCUCUUGCACACCUGAAGGAUGUUUGUUAGUAUUUGCAAACCAACUUAUAUAUCAUACUCCUUCAUAAAAUAAUAGCAAUUAUUUUUUUCACUUUUUGUUCAGCUCACAUUAUUUGGUGGCAGAUUUCACUGGUCUAUGGGAAGCAUCAUAGUAUACUUCUUUAGAUUUUUGCCAUGAUGUUAUAUGCUAUGGAUUAUAACAUGAGGAGUUGCUGGGUUUAUUGAAUAAGACCGAUAGGCAUAUGCUUACAUCUGAUGAGAACUGCUAUCUGAAGAGAAAAACUCCUGCAUACUAAUGGGUGUAUAGUGUCUCAUUGGUGUCUGCUUUGAUAUAUUCUGUGGUAUGUUUUAUUUAUCCCAGUAGGCAAAAGUUAAUUAAGUAAUCUGUUGAUGUUUUGUAAUUCCAUCUGGUUUUCUAAUUUUUUAAUUAUUAAAAUUGCCACAUUAAAAAUUAUACAAACAUUAA